AUGAAAAGCAAAAGGGUGGUUGCCGACGAGUCGGAUGAAGAAGAGAAUAUAUUUUCAAAAUUCAAUAAGUCAUCAAGCAUUAUACCUCCCUCCGUCUCCACCAAUAAUCAUGUCAACAUUAAUUAUAACGCAUGGAUCAAAUCGGAGAGUCUUACCUCCUCUUCACAUGGUAGCUCUAUCGCAACAAAAUUAAAGCGAUUAUCAAUCCAUGAACAACAGCAACAACUUGAAACAACCAAUUCAUCUGUUUCACAUAUUGGCCAGCCACAAGUUGAUGCAUCACAACAACUCUCUGUCAACGCCAACAAUAAUUAUCAACAAUCAACCAUUAAACUCGAGUCAGAGAAGGAUAGAAAAAAGCGAUAUAAUACUCUCAUUAGAGCCGCCAGAGAUUUGGAAAAGAAAAAAGAACACCCUUCUUUGUUUUUACACAUGUAUGAAGAGGCUUAUUCUUUAUUUAGUGUUGACAGCAAACUGCUGGGAAAAAUUCAAAAGUACAAAAGUAUGCUUGGUGACAAUAAUUCUCAACAUAGACCUUCUUCGACAUCCUAUGCGACAAGUAACAAUGUCGACACUGCUACCUUAAACCCUGAAGAAAACUCUUCAAUUACUAACAUUGCUCCAAACGUUAUGGGAAAUAAUAUAUUGCAAAACUUGAACAAGGGAAUUGCAUCUCCUCAUCCAACAAAUAUUGCCAAUACGGAAAUAGAGUCUUCAUUCAUAGAUUCUUCUGUGAUGCAAUCUCCACAAUCAGGAAGAGUGAAGAAGCGAUUCAAAAAGCUUGACAAUGGGUUUAUUUUUGACACAAAGGCAGAUAUCUAUCUACUUAUGGAUCAAAAGGCAAAGCAAGAACGAAGAAUACCUUUUAAAAUUCCAGCCUCAAUUUAUGAUAAACUUUAUGACUAUCAGAGAGAGGCAAUUUUGUGGUAUUGGAACAAGCACAAGUCUAUUCAAAAUAAGAUCCAAGGAGGUAUUUUGGCAGAUGACAUGGGGUUAGGUAAAACAGCAACGACGAUUGCGUUUAUAUCUGGUCUUUUUGCUGGAAAUAGUGUAAAAUAUGUCAUGAUUGCAAUGCCUGUAAGCUUGAUUGAAAAUUGGAGAAAAGAAUUUACCAAGUGGAGUGAAGGUGACUUUAACAUUUUCAUUUUUCAUUCCUUGGCAAAGAAACAGCGAUUGGAUAUUCUCUCACAAUUCAGAGAGGAAGGUGGAGUUUUAUUAACGACCUAUGGAACGAUUUCAUCACAAAUUAAAUUAUUUGUAGAGCAGUUUGUAGAUAAGAAAUAUGAGUUUGAUUACAUCUUUCUCGAUGAAGGUCACAAACUCAAAAAUCCAAACACUCUCCUCUCCAAAUGUUUGCAUCAACUUCCAACAACUAUGUGCCGAUAUGUCAUUUCAGGAACACCUGUUCAAAACAAUCUUCUCGAAAUGCACGCUCUCUUAGAUUGGAUAUUUAAGGGAAGUCUUCUGGGAAACCGAGCAACGUUUAAAGAAGAAUUUGAAAAGAAGAUUUUAAGAGCGAAUGAAAAAGAUGCGACAAGCUUUGAGAAAAAGUUAGGAAUUGAAAUUUUAAAACGUUUCAGAGAGUUGAUUGGACCACACUUGCUGAGAAGAGAGAAGUCACAAGUGUUGGGAAUUAAUCCUCAAGAGCAGGCGACGAACUCUAAUUCAACAAGAGCAUCUUUGACAUCUUCGACCCUCAGUUCUUCAAUAUUGUCUCAACAAGAGAAGAGAAUUGGAAAGAAGAAUGAUCUAGUGGUAUGGAUCAAAUCCACAGAUUAUCAACUUCAGCUUUAUAGAGAUUUUCUAAAGAGUGAUGAUGUGAACGAUGUCAUUAAUCGAUCCACAUCACCAUUAGCAGCCAUUACCAUUUUAAAACAAAUUUGCUCACACCCUGAUUUACUUCCAAACAACGAAAGAAAAUCAAUGAGUAUUCAAGAAAUGAUCUCCAUGAGUGGAAAAAUGAUGUUUCUCAAAUCAUUGGUUGAGCAAUUGUAUAAGGAAAAAGAAAAGUGCCUCAUAUUUAGUCAAAGCACUAAAAUGUUAGACAUGAUCGCGUCCAUGUUAAAAUUCAUCAAAAUUUCAUAUACGAGAAUUGAUGGAAGUAUUAACAGCCCUAAGGAAAGACAACGCCGUGUAGAUGCUUACAAUGCUUCAAAUUCUCCUUACUUUUGCUUUUUACUGACUUCCCAGACUGGAAGUGUUGGAUUGACACUCACUGCAGCAACAAGAGUAAUUAUUUUUGAUCCAAGUUGGAAUCCCUGUAAUGACAAUCAAGCAGCAGAUCGAUGCUAUCGUAUUGGACAAUUGAAGGACGUUGUCAUUUAUCGAUUAAUUUCUUGCUCGACCAUUGAGGAAAAGGUUUACAGAAAACAAGUGUUCAAAGAUGCUCUUUUCAGAUCUACCACCACUGAAAAAGAAAAUCAAUAUCGUUAUUUCACACAUUCAGAAUUGAGAGAACUCUUUUCACUUCCUCAAAAUCCAAACGUUUCUGAAACUCAAUUACAAUUGGAAUCCAUCCACAAAGCAGCCAAUAAUCAUUACAGCGAAAAACUCAAACAACAUGUUGAAACUGUGAAGAGACAAAACAAACACAUCAUAACUGGAUUUAGUAACCAUGACUUGUUAUAUUCAAAACAAGCAGAUGACGUUCAAUAUGGAGCUGAUGACGAAAUACAGAUAUCCUUGCUUGCUGAUGAUUCUACAAGAGCUCUCUAUGAUGAUUCGUCUUCAAAACUCUCUUCAAAAUCAGCAGCAAUUCCAACCAAGAAUCAUCGAUCAAAACACAGAACACUUUUUGAUGAUGAAGCACGACCUUCUUCAUCUAAAGACUGGAAUUCCACAAAAGUGGCAGGACGUUCUCCACCACCUUCUGAAUUUUCGAUUCCAUCAUCAGAAAAGGAAAAUAUUUAUUCAAAUUCGAGUCGAAAUGACCUUAUUCUCCACAGAAUGAAUACCACCAAAUUAACCAAUGAACAAUGCAAACAAUUGAUUAAGGGUGUUCGUAUUUAUGGCGAGAAUGGAAAUUGGAAACAAAUAUUACAAGAUUUCUUUUUAUCUAAGGAGAAUCAAGCGAUCAACACACAACUUUAUGUGAAAUCCUCCUUCACACCUCUUCAACUAGAGAAGGAAUGGCAAAAUUUCAAAAUUGGAAAAUCUCAACAAGAAUUACAUGAACUUGUCACUCUCUUUGAUUCAGAACUUGAUCCUCUCGUUCAACCAUCACAUGACAUUCCUAAAAUCAAACCAAACAAUAAUAACAAUACUCUUGGAUUACGGAAUCCACUCACAGAUUCCAAAAGGACAAAAACAAUUUCAAACCAUGGAAAAAUAUUCUCAACUCCUCCAUCGAAUUUGCGAAACAAGAAAUGGCCCAAGACGAUUGAGCUGGAUGAGGAGGAGGGAUAUGAGCUGAGUCCUUCUCCGACCACUACAAUGAAUGAUAAUCAUCAAGAUGAUGAUGAUGAUUGCAUGUUGAUGAGUCCUUCCUUAUCUCCUCCAAUCAUUCCGAAAUCAAUGUCUAUGAAUGAAACAUCGGAUGAUACUGUUGGUGAUGACAAGAGUACUGCGCCUUCUUCGUUUGAAAAGAUUCAACGAAGACUUUCUUCCUUCUUUGGACUCAUUGAUGAAGAAGAUGAGAAUUAUGAACCAUCGGAUGAUGAGGAAGAACGAGUAUUGGAUGCGGUUAAGGCAGUCGAGGAUUCAAAAACUUGUACAAGCCUUAAUACUAACCAAGACGGUUCAUCUGCUGAUGAUGAAUAUCCAAUUUAUCGUGAUGACAAUGAACAGUACAAUACGAAAUCAUUGUACAUGGAUGAUAUCGCUGAAGAUGAUGAGGAUGAUGAAUAUGAGGAUGAUGAAGAGAAUGCUGAUGAGGAUGAUGAGGGAUUUAUAUGUGAUGAAGAUGAGGAUGAUAUUGAGUAUGACAAUGAAGAUAAUGAUCCUACCAUGCAAAUUACUCCCUUGAAGCCACCAAUCAACGAUAGAGAUGAAAUGUUAUUUUCACCUACAACCACCACAUAUCACGCCAGUAAUCAUGGGAAUCAAGAAGGUCAUGCUCCUGCCACCAAGAAUCCAACAACUUCUCGAAAUGAAGUUGACAUGGUAGAAUACCCUCACGAGUAUUUGAAUGUAUUAAGAGAUGCUAGAGAUGUGGAACUGAGAGGAGACUUACUUUAUGCAAUUCACUUAUAUAUGAAUGCCUUAGAAAUGUGUGAUGAGGAUAUUAAUUUACAUUGUAAAAUUAAUUAUUUGGCAAAUGCUCUACGAUUUAAUGAUACUUACCAAUAG